AUGAAAUUUGUUAUUCAGAGAGUGUCCAAGGCUUCUGUCUACUUGGUUUCGGAUUCAGGGAAAGAAUUAGUAAGUUUGCAUGUUAUACAUCAAGAUGAUCAUUAUAAAAAUAUAUUUCAAAUAGACAGGUUUCAGAAAUAGGAAGAGGAAUAUGCGUUCUUGUCGGUAUUUGUGAAGGAGAUUCGGAUUCUGACAUUGAGUAUGGAGUUAGGAAGUUGAUGAACUUGAGGUUGUUUGAUAAUCCAGAAACAAACAAACGAUGGGAUAAAAGUGUCAAAGACCUGGAUCUGGAGAUAUUGUGCAUUAGCCAGGUAUUUCUUUGGUUUCUGAUGUUUAUUGUUUUAGUUUACGUUACAUGCGCUGCUAAAAGGCAACAAAUUGGACUUUCACAGGUCCAUGCAUACUACAGAAGCUCCUGGAUUUUAUGAAAAGUUUCUGAAUCAAUUGAAAAGUGGAUACAAAGCUGAUAAGGUGAAGGUAAGAGGGAUAUGCUUGGUUAGAGUUUAAUUGACUGCUGUUUUUAUUAAAUUUUAAGUAGUUGUAGAUGGUGUAAAUUACAAUUAAAAGCUUUAAACAUAUAUUAUGAAAAAUACUUUUAGGAUGGAAAGUUCGGAGCACAUAUGAGUGUUUGUAUCGAAAAUGAUGGACCUGUUACAAUAAACUUGGAUUCAAAGGAGAAGUAA